CCCCAAGCCGUUAACCAUCCCAUCUACGCUAUCCUUUUGUUAUCCCAACAACGCUCUCUUCAUCGAUUCCACCAUCGCUAUAUACCGAUAUUAUACCCUAAAAGCAUGACGCGCUAGCGUAAAUCACUGCUAGAGCUGUAUGCAGCCGCCACAAUGAGCACAGCUCCCGCGCUCCCGCCCGCCUCGACGACGGCAGGCGACUCCAGUCUUUCUCCCAAGCCGACCCUUUCGAGCAUGCAUAUCGAAAACAAUCUGCUUCCAGGACUCUGGCAGGAGGCCCUGUUUGCUCAACUACCAGACGAUGCCCCUCCCGAGGUCCGGGCCUACGUUCGCGACAUUGAAAACCCGCGGCGCGUCUACGCCAUCCACCGGGCCACGAGACGUCACGAUUUUCAGAAUUUGGUUGAUAGAUAUAUAUUCCAGCUUCGCACUGGCUGUGGGAGCCCGACAUGCCACGCCCCGACCUGUCUGACUUGCCGCAAGCGCCUCGCAGGCCACACACCCCUUCGAAGAUAUAAUUCGACUAGUGCUCGGAUAUUAGCCGUGUAUCUAGCGAGUAAAGAUAACCCCGAACGAGGGCUGUGCAAGCAGUCGAAACAAACCCCAGAUGGUGCCACCGCCGCCAACAACCUCAUCUUCUCGGCCAAAGCCCCCAACGACCAUUCGAGAAGUCGUCACAAGAGGCACCGCACCAACAACAGCGAGUCUUCUAAGCUGAGCGCACCGAAUCGAAGCAAUAUCACAGGACGCCUCUCUACGGAAGAUGCCGAAACACCGAUACGUACACGGGCAGCAACAGUGUCAAUGGUAGAGAAGCCAACCAGCCAUGACCACCGGUCCUUUGCCGCCGUAACAUUUGGUUCUGUGGCAUUCAAGAUGCUAGAAUGGUUGACACCGCAGUCUGUGAACACCCUUUCAAAUAAAAUUUCUCAAGUUGCCUCCCCUACGACGCAGGCUGCACCAGCCAUCGAAAGCCCGCGACCCAUAUCCUCCAAAUCAUCGAAACUCAGCACUCCAUCGCCAUAUACCCCACAAGCUACACCACCGUUAGAUAUUCCUAAACCAACAAUACCAGGAGAGGCCUCCAUGAAACACCAAAAUGGUACGCUGGACGAUAUACGAGUUAAGAAGUCUGCCGACGGGAAGAUUCACGCGUCUCCCAUCACGCGAUCCUCUAGGCGGGAAUCCAUGGAAUCAAAGCGAAAUUCUGCCGACAUUGAUGAGUUAGCUGUUCCUUUCAAAUCACCGACGAGCCUCCACGAUAAGCUCGGGCGAAAGACGCGACCGGAAACAUCGACUCUGACGAUAACUGAUAUCCCACAUGGUCCACCGUUCUUCGAAAACGUUUCCCCCCCGAUACGAAAGGCCGAACUACCCUUCCCAUUACCCGAAAAGCGACUCUCUGAUCAACCGCGUGAGCCCAAGGAAGUUGUUCCUACGUCAAAACCUCUAGCUUCGGCCAAGACUCUGGAGGAAGAGGUGUCCGUCGAUGAUUGCCCUCUGCCCCAGUCCUUGCGUGAGCUCAACGUGGAAAUCAUCAACUUUAUUUGCGAUGUAUACCGCGACGAUAGAACCAAUGAGCCCAUGUUUGAUAACGUUGAACAUUCGGAUGGCUUCCCAACUCCUGAGAACGCUCCAGCGCGACUCCGACGACGAGGAUCACCGAGUGCUGAAUCCGCGAAGCAGUGGAAGGCAUUCAAUGACCAAGUCUUGUUUGACUUGCUAAGUGCCCCAGAGUCGUUGGUGUCGUCUUUUACGAAGAACAGUCAGGUAUACGACUCACAAACCCUCUGGUAUUGCAUGGUCCGUCUCAACCGUGCAGCGCCAUCCAUCGUACUGCACAGCCUUUGGAUUGCAGCUAGCAGCUUGUUUGUCCCACCCACUUCACUAAAGAUGAACGCUUCGUCGACGAAAUCUCUCCGCCAAAAGCCACUGACACCACACCAGGCCGGAUGCAUCAUGGCGGCUGGUUUUCAUGCUCUAGUGUCGUUGGCGCCUGUCGUCUCUGGCUCUAGGGCGCUGUAUGAUAUGUCGCGGAUCCGAUCCAACGGACUUGCAUUCACAAAUACAACCCCGUUCUCGCGAUACUCGGCCAAUGUUACUCUACAGUACGACGACUGCUUUUCGAAUCCACUAGCUAUGCGGCUGGCCUGUCGAUUGUUCCGCGCCUUGACUGCCCAGCGUUAUUUCACCGAGCUCACCAGCCCAAACGGCAAAGCCAAGGAUGAGGAUGAUGUUUUGCAUCUCCUGCUGAACCAGCUGGAUCUGCUGAAUACAGGACCUGCUCGCAUUCUAGAGUUUGAUGAGGCCGAGAGGCUGCUGCACGAAACUAGAGUUCCAACCUUGUUGUUGGAUUGGGCCCGAGCGGUGCUCCUAGAGGAGUGGGAUGAGUGUCCUGUUUUCUGCAAUGAUGGUCCAUUCCACGGUGCACUAUCAUUUAUGGAUACUAUGUACCGCAAUCGAAACAUCCUGUUGCUUGGAGACAUCCAGUUCCGCGUCGACAGCUUCUCAGAUCGCCUUGAUACGACGCAGGUACCUGUAUCAUGGCUUUCAUUCCAAUCUACACACGACAAGCAUCACAUCCUGGACUACCCAUUUCUCUUCCGACCCGAAACCCUCGUCACAUUCUUCCGUGCCAUCAAUUUCUCGAGAAUGAGCCGAAACUACGAGGAAGCAACAUCACUUAAACGCCGCAUGGCUGCCAUUGUCGAACAGGGAAGCUUAAUUACACACCCACACCACAGAGUCAUCCUGCAAGAUAUGCUCAGAACCGCAUCGUCGUCUUACUUGGUUCUGGACAUCGGACGAUCCAAUGUUCUUCGCGACGCUUUCGACCAACUCUGGCGACGACAGACGCGUGAGCUGCUCCGUCCGCUCAAGGUGCACCUUGGUGAAGAUGGCGGAGAGGAAGGCUUUGACUCUGGUGGUGUACAACAAGAAUUCUUCCGCAUGGCUAUUGCUGAGUGCUUCGACCCCAGCUAUGGCGCAUUCACCGUUGACGACCGCACGAGAAUGGCCUGGUUUGUUCCUGGGUCUAUUGUUGAAGAAUGGAAGUUUGAACUUAUUGGGCUUCUCAUGUCGCUAGCGAUCUACAACGGCCUUACUCUACCAGUUACAUUCCCCAAGGCUCUCUAUCGAAAGCUUCUUGGCGAGCCUGUUCGCGAACUGUACCAUAUUGCGGAUGGGUGGCCAGAGCUUGCUGCCGGCUUGACGACUCUCCUGGAAUGGGACGAGAAGGAUGGGCUCGUUGAAGACAUCUUUGCACGCACCUAUGAAUUCUCUGUGCCCGGACUAGGUCAAAAUGUGACGUACGAAAUGACCAAGAAGGACUUUUCUUGGCCGCAAGGUAUCCAGCCAGCGCCCACAGCGAACGACGACGCACCGCUCGUGACCAACGAUAACCGUGACGACUACGUCAGCGACUAUAUCCGGUAUCUGACGGACGUGUCAACGCGCCCGCAGUUUGAGGCUUUCCAGAAGGGCUUCCGCACAUGCUUAGAGCCCAAGUCUCUAACGCUGCUGACACCGCCCAUCUUGCAGUCCAUUGUGGAAGGUAUCCAGGAGAUUGACAUUUCGGAGCUGCGCCGCCAGACUCGGUAUGUGGGCUGGGACUCAUCGCACCGUACUAUCCGCGACUUUUGGUCUAUUGUUAAGCGCUACGACGACCGCAUGAAGCGCAAGCUAUUAGAGUUUGUCACGGCGUCGGACCGUGUGCCCGUCGGCGGACUUCGCAAUCUGCAGUUUGUGGUGCAGAAGAAUGGAGAGGAGGAGGGCUCAUCGGGCCACUUACCAACAGCGUAUACAUGCUACGGCACGCUGCUGCUUCCCGAGUAUCCGGACAAGGAGGUCCUUCGGGAGAGAUUGUCCAUGGCGCUGGAGAAUGCUCAGGGAUUUGGGUUUGCAUAAUCAUGUUGCAGCGAGCGUUUGGUUUUGUAUUUUAGACAGCGAGUCUGUAAUUCUUUUUGUUUUUCUGGGAUAUAGAUCAUAAGCAUUAUAUAAUAUGGCAUGGAACCACCUCGCAGGUGGUUUCCCGAAUUUGAAUCAUACUACACAGCGAACUCUGCACGUCCGUAUAUCACUAUCAUCUUUUCUUGUUAUACACAUUCCUCAUCCAUAUCAUUAAUACCGAAACGGCCUUCUCUUUGCAAACCAAGCCGCCGGGUCAUCCAAGUCAUCGUCAGACUCUGCCAUAGCAUGAUGCUGGACCGUUGGAUCCAGCACAAUCUCGCUCUCCCACUCUUCGCGCGUCUCAUUGCGAUACACAUUCCGCUUCUUCUGCCACUCAUGCCCGACUCGCAGAUAAUUUGUCGGCGUCAGCCACUCCUCCGACGGAUAGCUCGGACUAACCACAUGCACGUAGAACGGCACCGGCGGCCGUCCCGUGUCGCUAUUGUACAGGUCCUCCAUGUACCACAUCCAGCUAUCCGUCAGCCAGUGGUCAUCAUUGGCCUUCUCCUCCACAUACUUAUGGUCAAGCUCGAGCGUUAGAUGCUUGAGCGACAUAAAGUUCUGCGCAAUGUAGUUGUACUUGAUUGGCGUGCCGUCCCUUGGAUCCUGGAAGAUCUCGGCGCAUUCGUGAACAUUGUCCACCACCAGCGUCUCUAUCGAGCUGCACCAGGCGGACUUAGAGAGCUGCGGUAGACAGUACGAUCGGCACCGGAUUGUGUCGAUGUUGAAUUGGAACCAGCUGGGCAGCGUUUCGAGACGCUGUAGUGGCGGGAAGAAGAAGUGCAGGAACUCGUAUGCCUCGCGGCAGGCGAGCAGCGAUGGCACGGCGAGAACGCGAUACUGUAAGGGGCUUUGGUCCUCGCGGAUGCGCAGGGCGUAGUUUGUGGCCUCGCGUUCCUCGAUUGUUAAAAAGGUGCCGAGGUUGGGAUAGGCGUCGUCGGGGAGGGGUUCGCGCGAGAGGCGGAUGGUGGCUGGGCGCGCGGUCAUGCACCAGAUGUAGCGGCGCAGGUCUACGGGGAGCUUUGUAAACAAUGGAAAUGUUUCCAUGGCGAGGAGUUGGUUGGUAGUCUGUAGUUGAUGCCGG